AUGGCUAACUCAAUAAUAUUGUGUCUGUGUUUCUCUUCCUUGGCAAUUCUAGCAGCCAUUCAAGGAAUCCAUGCAGUGGACUAUACAUUUACAAACACUGCUGGAAACACUCCUGGAGGUGUUAGAUUCACUAAUGAGAUUGGGGAACAAUACAGCAUCCAAACGCUGGAUGCAGCUACGAAUUUCAUAUGGAGAAUCUUCCAACAAGACACGACUCCAGCCGACAGGAAAAAUGUCCAGAAAGUGAGUUUAUUCAUCGAUGAUAUGGACGGAGUUGCGUAUGCCAGCAACAAUGAGAUUCACGUAAGUGCAAGAUACAUACAGGGUUACUCUGGUGAUGUGAAGACGGAGAUCACUGGAGUUUUGUAUCAUGAAAUGACUCACGUUUGGCAAUGGAAUGGAAAUGGUCAAGCUCCCGGAGGUCUUAUAGAAGGUAUAGCUGAUUAUGUGAGGCUAAAGGCUGGUUAUGCACCAAGUCAUUGGGUGAAACCCGGGCAAGGAGAUAGGUGGGAUCACGGUUACGAUGUCACUGCACGAUUCUUGGAUUAUUGCGACAGUCUCAGAGGUGGAUUUGUUGCAGAACUUAACAAGAAAAUGAGAGAUGGUUACAAUAACAGCUACUUUGUUGAUCUUCUGGGCAAGACUGUAGAUCAGCUCUGGAUGGACUACAAAGCAAAAUAUCCUAAUUAA